AUGGGUCGUCGACUCCCACUUGAACUCGAAGUCGCUAUCGUACAACACGCAAUCCCGCCUCUCAUCUCCAUCCACCGUCUCGAGGAGCGCGUCGACCUGUGCAAGGCCCUCUCCCUCGUCUGCCGUGACUGGACCAACUUGGUUCAGGGCUACCUUCGCGAGCACGUCACCUUCAGCCUCUGCGAGCCGAAGGCAUAUAGCGGCCCUCCGCAAUGGGACGAAAACUGGGCGUUGAGGCGGAAGCAAUCGCUUGAGGAAAAGCGCUUCAACACGAGGCGGAUCUGCGUUGUCUACGAGGAGAUGGUAGAGAGGGACGACGAGGACCACAUCGAACAUGACGAUGACACUGCCAUGGUGCCUCCGUGCUACGGGAAGGAGGGUGUCGAGGAGAUGUGGGUCGUCUUCAAGGAGUUCUGCCUGCCGUCCUGGGACAACUACCCAAUCAAGAGACUGCAUAUUCUCAGUCAAGGUCCCGGCAUCGCACCUCACUUUACAUCGCCCCCUCCCGGACUCGUCUACCUUUCCUUCAGCGACUGCGACUUGUCUUACCUCGACAGGUCCCAGCUCCGACAUCUUCAAGCACUCGUACUCGACCAAGUCUGGUUUCCUAAUUCCGCUUCGGUCGACGCGCUGGCCGCCCACCCCUCCCUGUCGAUCCUUGCCAUCAAUCACCGCUCAACCCCCAAUAUCAGCAAUAUCUUCAACCACCUUCCUCGCACCCUCGAGCACUUCGCCUACCACCCCGCCGGCGUCGACAACGAGCAUAAUAUGGACAUGGCGAACUGCCCGACCGUCAACCUCCCGCCCAACCUCCGCUCCUUCACCUUCGUCAGCUCGGCACCCGAGCGGUACCACUACCUGACGGCUGUCGACGUCGGUGAGGCGUGCAGGUGGGUCGGAGCAAAGUUCAUACACAUUGCAGGGCGGAGCGCGAAGGAUUGGGAUGCAGAGGAGUGGGCGUACUCAAUGAUGGCGUAG